AUGGCGGCCUUCACCAAGCUCGAGGACUCCCCCAUGUUCCGCAAACAGGUCAAUUCUUUGGAACAACAUACUGAUGAACUGAAAGAACGGUGCUCAAACCUGCAUAAAGGAUGUAAAAGAUUCAUGGGAUCACUUGAUGAGGCAUAUGCAGGGGAUCUAUCAUUUGCAGAUUCUCUGCAAGCAUUUGGUGCUGGUCUGGAUGACCCUAUUAGUGUUGCCAUUGGAGGGCCCGUGAUGUCCAAGUUUACUACUGCUUUCAGGGAGCUUGGGACAUACAAGGAACUCCUUCGUUCUCAGGUUGAGCACAUGCUUAGUGAUCGCCUGUCACAGUUCAUUAACGUGGAUUUAAAUGGUGUGAAGGAUUGUCGGCGACGUUUGGAUAGGGCUGCAGUGGCUUAUGAUCAGGCACGUGAAAAAUUUGUGUCAGUGCGAAAAGGGACUAAAGCAGAAGUCGUGACAGAACUUGAGGAGGAUCUACACAAUGCCAAGUCAGCUUUCGAAAGAUGUCGCUUUAACUUAGUACAUGCCCUUGCGAACAUUGAAGCAAAAAAGAAGUAUGAGUUCUUGGAAUCAAUAAGUGCAGUGAUGGAUGCCCAUUUGAGGUAUUUUAAGCAGGGAUAUGAGCUACUGAGUCAAAUGGAACCAUUCAUUCACCAGGUUCUAACAUAUGCACAACAAUCAAAACAAAUGGCUGUAAGUGAGCAAGAUAAGCUUGCAAAGAGAAUUCAGGAGUUCAGAACUGAAGAGGAAAUAGCUAAUGUGAGAAUGGCUAGCAACGUAGACACAUCUACUAGCGGUGAUGGUAUCCAUGUUGUUGGCCUUCAGUCCUAUAAAACGAUUGAAGCAUUAAUGCAGCCAACUGUCAACGGCGAGGUUCAAGUUAUUAAACAAGGUUACCUAUUUAAGCGUCCUCAAAAUACACGUGGUGAAUGGAAGAGGAGAUUUUUUGUGCUUGACAGCCAUGGAACUCUGUACUACUAUGGGAAUAAAGGAAAAUCGCAAGGAGUGUCAUCACAACAAACAGCUGGUGAAGGAACUGGUGUUUUUGGUCGAUUCAGAUUCUUGAACCAAAGAGCUUCAUCUCAGGGUGAAGAUUCAUUAUCAUGUCAUAGAAUUGAUCUCAGAACUUCAACAAUUAAGAUUGAUGCAGAAGAAAAUGAUUUAAGAUUUUGCUUCAGAAUAAUCUCACCCGUUAAGACAUACACAUUACAGGCGGAAUCAGGGGCUGAUCAAAAGGACUGGAUCCAGAAAAUUACUGGAGUUAUCGCAUCGCUACUAAAUUCACCAUUCCCGCAGCAGUUGUCAUAUGGUAAUGUAGCAGCAGAGAGUAACAGAUCCGCAAGUUCUGCUGAUUCUUUGUCUAUUGAAGAUAACAAGAGUUCAGAGGGACAUGAUGAUGUAUUCAACCUUCUGAGGAAUAUCCCUGGAAAUGACAGUUGUGCGGAAUGUCGUUCUCCUGAUCCUGAUUGGGCAUCUCUAAACUUGGGUAUUCUGAUUUGCAUUGAGUGCUCUGGGGCUCACAGAAAUCUUGGAGUGCACAUUUCAAAGGUUCGAUCCUUGAGACUAGAUGUGAAAGUCUGGGAGCCAGUAAUUAUGGAUCUCUUCCAUGCACUAGGAAAUGAUUACGCUAAUUCCAUUUGGGAAGCUCUUCUUCCAAAAGAAGAUCAAGGAAUGGACGAAUCAAAUGGAGCUAUUCUUUUUAUUGAAAAGCCUAAACCUAGUGAUGCUUUCUCAAUAAAGGAGAGGUACAUACAAACAAAGUAUGUCGACAAACUGCUUUUUGCCAGAGAUCCCGAUCAGAUUACCAUUAAUAUUUUGGAAGCUAUAAGGAAAAAUGAUGUGAGAGCAGCAUAUCAAAUUCUUGCAAUAGCUGAAGUCGGUGCUAACAUGACAUAUGAUGCUUUGAGCAAAGAUGCCCAUCAUGUUCAGCCAGUGACAGACAAGAUGUUACUUGAUCCAAUUUCUUGUGAGAUAAUUCAGGACUCUGGGAAACCAGAAGGCUGUCUACAAGGUUGUUCUUUAUUGCACUUUGCAUGCGAAUAUGGUCAUCCUAUAAUGGUGGAGCUUCUUCUACUUUUUGGCGCGGAUAUUAAUAUGCAGGACUUCCAUGGCCGAACACCAUUGCACCAUUGUGUCCAAAAGAAAAAUGAUGAACUCACCAAGCAUCUGCUGAAGAGGGGUGCGAGAACAACAAUUAAAGAUGGCGGAGGUCUGACUGCUCUGGAGAGAAGAAUGGAACUUGGAGCAAUAACUGAUGAAGACUUAUUCAUACUAUUUGUGAGGGCUUUGGCAACUAGCUGUUUGUACCUGAUAGCAUUGUUGUACCCACCUAAUUUCGCUUCUGGAAUGAACACGAUUUCUACACCUGAAGACAAAAUGGCUUUUACCCUUGCUCUGGAGUUUCGGGAUACCGCCACUACAGCGGUGCCUAUACAUAGGCAAAUAAUACAUGCACGUUUGAGACCCAAAAACGCCGUGGCCCGGAAAUCACGCGGUUAUAAAUUGGAUUCCACCAGACGCGUCUCCGUGUUGCAGCACUACCUAAAGCUAAAGGCCAUGCACAGGAAAGGGAGACUCGGCCUGCACAAAAUGUCCACUACUCGAUCGGAGCAUCCAUCCUAA